AUGUCGCCCCUACAGGUGGAACCAGGCUCCACAUGUGCUGUGUUUGGCAUGGGAGCUGUGGGUUUGGCUGCGGUCAUGGGCUGCAAGGCUGCAGGAGCCAAGAGGAUUAUUGCUGUGGACUUCAACUCAGAGAAGUUUGAGAAGGCCAAAGUGUUUGGCGCCACCGACUCUGUGAACCCAAAGGACCACAGCAAACCCAUCAGCAAAGUGCUGGAGGAGAUGACCAAUGGAGGAGUGGACUUCUCCCUGGAAUGUGUCGGGAAUGUUGAAGUCCUGGUGACGCAGAUAGAGGAAUUACAAGUGGCUCUCUCAACAAAAACAUUCAUUAUAAUGAAGAUACUUUCCUUGAGGGGAUUUGACACCCAACUGUUAUGA